AUGUUUUCCGGAGCACUUGUGUCUAAACAUAUGAACAAUACACCUCCCAUCAUUGACACCAGUGUUAUCCAAUGUGUCGAGGACAGCUUUGUGAAGCAAGUCAUCAAGUACCACGAUCUACAGCAUGACAAUUUAACAUUUACUGUAGAAGAGUAUCCUCAGCACGGUGAAGCCAACCUCACAACAGAUGGGAUGCUAUCCUACCAACCAGAGAAGGAUUUUAAUGGCUAUGAUAGUAUUCUCGUAAAUGCAACCGAGGUAUUCAUACAUGAUCUGGGAAUACAACCAGCUACACUUACCAAGAGAAUACACAUCAACGUGUCAGAUGUUAAUGAUCCACCUGUCACUUUCUACCAGAGGAACACCCAGUCGCCAAUACCAUCAUUUGUUGAAAGUAUUCACAAGGUAUCUGUUGAAGGCAAUCUAACGGAUCACUCUCUGGGUUCGUUUUGGGUCGCAGAUGUUGAUGACCCUGACGAGUUGACAAUCCUUCAAAAGGAAGUAAGUGGUCUGGCAGCCAACUUUACACUUACACAGGUUGAUGCGGCUGGGGAAGAUGGAGAGACAUACAGAAACAUGUCCAUGAUCUACCCAGGGAACACUAUCACCAAACAUGACUUGAAGCUGAAGACCCUCAAGGAAUUCCACGGGAGCAUCCAGUUCUCACUACUCGCUGUUGAUAAGCUGAAGAGCUACAGUCACGCCCUGUCAAUCCACGUGUUUGUCCUCAUUAGCCCAUGUUACCAUGGUAGCUGUGCUCCAAGAAACCCGUCUUUACCAUGUGAACAUCCAGGCAGAGAAAGCAGCUUUCAAGCCUAUCACUGUGAAUGUGUAGCUGGUUACGAAGGACAGUUAUGCGAGAAGGAAAUCAACGAAUGUCUGAAGGCCACCUGCUCCCUUCUGUAUGACUGUGAAGACAAACUGGCGACCUAUGAGUGUGUCCUGAACAUCCCGAAGAUUCUUGCCAUACUUGUCUGCAUUUUUCUGCCCUGCCUAGGUGUUGCCUUUUACAUAAGUCGCAAGUACAAACAAGUUAGACGCCGAUCAAAGGUCUGGAAUUUGCCAGACACCGCUCCAGAUACACAGACGAAUCCUGUAUACCUAGCAAGGUGCACAUCAGUAGAACAACACAGUGAUGGUGGGGCAGACACGGAGCAGACGACUUCCGGGUCGGCCUCCACAACGGAACAUGUAAAGGAGCAGACGACUUCCGGGUCGGCCUCCACCACGGAACAUGUUAAGGAGCAGACGACUUCCUGGUCGGCCUCCACCAUGGAACAAGAAAAAGAGCAGACGACUUCCGGGUCAGCCUCCAUUACGGAGCAAGUAAAUGAGCAGACGACUUCCGGGUGGGCGUCCACCACGGAGCAAGUAAAGGACGACACACCUGCUGGUUUUCAAGAGAAUGGCAGAAGCACGCCUGCCUUGUUCAUGGGUCCAGGACACGCAAGGAUGCCUCACAGGAAAACGAACUACUCCACCCUGUCGAGCUCAGAUAAAACAAUUCCUAGAGUUGUUGAUUGAAGCAACAGUAUCAACAGUGUGGAAUUGUGCAGUGUUUGCAAUUUAGAUGUCUAAUAAACACAAGGUGUCUUUUGUAACUCAUAUUAGGUCUUUAUGUGAACUAUAACAUUUCCAGUUUCAGUAUUCGAUCAUUUACGUCACAUGCUAAUAUUCCGAGUGUGUGACUUUGAGUUAUUAUUAAUAUUAUUAUUAUCCAUGUUUUGAGUCAUUUUAUAUGACUUGCAAAUCAAUUAGUACACUAAAUAUAGUUAAUUAAGAACGAUAACACAUAUAUGCAAAAUUUACAAAGGUGUUAAAUUUACUGUUAUUUAUACCGUAUCUUAGUGGCUUCUGUAAUUUUGUAAUGUAAGCUGUUGAUAACUUGUAUAUGGAUGAAGACUUACUUAACAUCAUAUUUGCAAUGUCCAUAAGAAUUGCAUUUAUUGAGAUUAGUGAAGAUGUAGA